GACGAUAAGUUAAACUCUGUUGAAACAGCUUAGACCAGAAUAUGGCUGAGGACGUGAUUUACGCGAUGCCCAACAUGAUGACCAAGGCCAGGUAUACACAAGGAGAGAGAGAGGAGAGGAUAGUGGACAUCUAUGCUAGUCCUGAGAGCCUCAGAGAUCCACACCAGGACUCUGUGGGGACAGGGGAGUCCUCCAAGUCUCUGGGAACAGGAAGAAGUCAGCGGCCGGACGCUGUGAGCCCUCCUUGGUGUCCUAUCAGGGCUGUGGUGGUGCUUCUGGGCCUGCUGUCUGUGGUCCUGCUGGCUGGACUGCUGGGGGUGGCCGUUAAAUACAAGACCGACAUGGAGCAAGUUCUCCUAACGCUGAAGAAUUUGACGGAACAGAGAGACGCACUGCUUUGUAAACAGGAAUGUCCAGAAGGUAGAAGUAAGUUUGGUUGUAAAUGUUACUGGAAUUCCGGGUGGCUCUCCUGGAAUAAGAGCAGGGAGUUCUGUGUUUCCCACAGAGCAGAUCUGGUGGUGGUGGACAGUAAAGAGGAGAUGGACUUCAUUAGCGGGUGGUACACCACGUACUGGCUUGGAGCGACAGAUGCGGCCGGUGAAGGGACGUGGAGAUGGGUUGAUGGGACCGUCCUGUCACUGGAUAACCCCUCCUGGAGUAGAGGGGGACCUCAAGGUGGUGGGGGCAAGAACUGCUUAAGGAAGGUCUUGGAGCAGAACCAAUUUAAAUGGACAGAUGUGAGCUGUGAUACCAUGACCUAUGGGCUUUGUGAACAAAAUUUGAUAAAAUGAGUGAAAAAAUGUCUUUAUUAACAUUUUUUACAUCUUGAUGCCAACAUACAUCGGCUGUUUUUUUUCACACUUGUUGGGUUCAUUCAUUUGAUAAGAGCUCUGAUUGGCUGCAAGUAGGUCCUUAAAAGGAGAUAUUGUGAAUACUACACUGGUCACUGCAUGAGCUGUACAUAGACGCUGCUCUUGUUACUUUAUUUUUUCAAUGUUUCCUCAGUUGCUCUUGGUGUUAGCGGCUGAGGUUAGGAGGUGAAGAGUCAGACAUUUGGCUGACAUCAUUGGCUGGUUUUCAGUUGCUGCGAACCACAUUAAGGGCCCUAUUUUAACGGUCUAAAACGCAAGUGAGAAGUGCAUAACGGAAGUGGCUUUGUGGGUAGAUCUCUGGCGCUGAGGCUAUUAUACCGGCGGAUAAAUUACUCUUGCGCCCAACGCAAAUCUAAAAUGGGUUGGGCUGAAUACCUGCAGGUGUGUUUUGGGAGUAACAUGCAAUAAACCAAUGAGAGCGCCUUCUCCAAUCCCCUUUAAAGAUGACCUAUUAUACUACUUUUCUGGCCUUAAUUUCUUAUUAAUCGAUUGAUAAAAAUGGAUUUUCGGGAAACUCUUCCUCUCAUCUGGGCGCUUUCAGCAUUCUCUGUCAACCCUCGGCUUCGUCCUUCUCCGCCCCCU